AUGCUCUUGUUCCUCUUCUUGUUUGGUCUGGCUCUGGGUGCUGAGCCUCCUUCAGACGACCAGCAAGUGAAGCUUCAGCGUGCUAACUGUCCCAUGUUCUGGUACAGCUUCAACGGCCGCUGCUACAAGUACGUCGCCACAGACAUGACCUGGGCUGAUGCAGAGCUCCACUGUGUGUCAGAGGGAGCCAACCUGGUGUCUAUCCACAGUCAGGGGGAACAGAAUUUCGUCAAAUCCCUGAUCAAGAACUUUGAUCAUGCUGAGGGGGUGACAUGGAUCGGACUCAGUGACCUCCACAAAGAAGGCAGGUGGAUGUGGUCUGAUGGGACUGCAGUGGACUUUGUCUUUUGGAAAACAGGAGAGCCAAACAAUCAUGGAGGAAAUGAACACUGUGUUCUCACCAACUAUCAUCAGACUCUAAAAUGGAAUGACGGGCAAUGUUCUGUAAUCUAUGCCUCUGUUUGUGCUUCUCGUACAACUCGUCCUUAG